AUGCCUAUAGUACCUAAACUUGUCGACGAAGCUCUUAUCGUUCGUGUUGUGUGUGAAAUACAUCAAACAACUGCCGAAUGUGUGAAAAUAAAAGCUAGUGAUUUUAAGAUUUUAUCAGAGAAUGGCGAAAACUUUUGCAGUGACAUCUAUGUGGUGAACGUUCAAUACGUACUGAAUGGCAAUGAUAACCAAGAGACAUCGUUUAUUUUAAAAAUUCUAAAACAAGGAAUAACAAAGAUUGGAACAAAUGAAAGUUUGAUGCUUACGAAAGUUCUGCCAGUCAUGGAAACAUAUUUGAAUGUUAUGGAGGAAAGAGAAAAGGAGAAACUGUUUGCCACAUGCUUCCUAACUGAACACCGAGGACACCAAGAAUUUUAUGUUCUGGAAAAUUUAAAUGCAUUGGGUUACUACUGUGCCGAUAGAGUGAAGGGAUUGAAUGCAGCCCAAGCGAAUUUGGUGAUGAAGAAAUUAGGAAAAUAUCAUGCGGCCUCUAUGUUAUAUCAGAAACGGUUCCCCCAAGUAGUUGAGAGCCUGAGAAAAUCUCAAUUGGCCAAAGGAUAUUUGGAUGCUGUGGGUGAAGCCAUUAUCUUUGGAGGUUUCGAGUAUGUGGCAAAUAUGACUCAAAACUGGCCAGGAUAUGAACAUUUAAAGCCAAGACUACAUGAACUUAAAAAUAGAUUCAAUGAUUUGGCAAAGCAAGCAGUGGAUCCCGCCAACAGCAGUUUUAAUGUCAUAAAUCAUGGAGACAUGUGGGUAAACAAUAUACUUUUUAAGUAUGACCAGGAGUCUCAGGAACCUAUGGAUGCAUUAUUUGUGGAUUUCCAAGAAACCUUUUGGGCCAGCUGUGGUUAUGAUUUGAGUUGUUUCCUUUACACGAGUUUAGAAUUGCCGGUCCUAAAGAAUAAUAGAAAGAAAUUACUGCAAACCUAUUAUCACAAUUUAAAAGAAACAUUAUUGGAGAACCAAUAUCCCACCGAUGCUAUACCUAGUUGGAGAGGUAUUUUGUUGGAAUUAAAACGUUGUGAAAUAAUUGGCAUAUAUGUAACGUUAAGUGAAUUUCCAAUGGAUGCAUUGGAUAGAACCACAUCGAAGAGUCUCACUUCGGAAACAUUUAAGAAUGCCGAGGAAUUGGCAAAGAUGCGCAUACCAAUGUAUGAGAAUCCAAGGGUGCAAGAGCACUUGUUAUAUGCUCUAAAAUAUUUUGAAGAAAGUGGUUUGUUGUAAAGGAAAUAAAUUUAAGUAAGUUC